UAUGUAGGGAUACCUGAAGUAAAUAUUUCAAUAUCGAUAUUUUGACGUGUGUUAUAGUACAGUUUCUGUGUUAACGACACUUCAGUAUAUCCUGGGUAGACAUAGGACAUGAUCUGCUAGCUGAAUUUCGGCUUCAGGGACAAUGGCAUUGACUUAAUCCAUGACAGAAUUAUCAAGUGCUGUUGAUGAAUUCCUCGUUUUGUCCCAUGGAGGUGUUUUUGGUCGUUUUUAUCCAAUUCAUUACAGUUGUCUGGUGCAACAACACCGAUGUGUGUACCAACCUCCAUGAUAAAUUCACGUGUGAAUACGGGUGCUGUGGUGACUACCGGAAAGAAAGGUGCUGCUCUUUUGCCGGAACCAUAGUUGGUAUAGUAAUUGGUGUUGCCCUCUUCAUCGGCUUCAUCGCAGGACUAAUCUACUGCUAUAUUAAAAAGAGGGGACGACCAGGCUCCAUAUUCCCCUGUGGGUCCAACAGAUCUGCUCCUAGCCAUGACCAGGGGGUGGUACAGCGACGACAGCCCGGCCGUCUCACUGUGAUACAGACAACCCAUUGUUAUAACGCAGGGCGAGGUAGACGAGGAAUACAAAGUGCCGUGGCAGGUUAUGAAGGAUACGUGCCUUACUCAGAAAAUAAUGUGCCGAGCGUGAAGCCUCCCCUUCCCCCGGCCUACGAGCCUGCUCUCCCUCCCCCUCCUCCCUACUCCGCACUGAGUGGUCGGACAAGCACUGGGAUUAGUACCGUCGACAACUACGACCCUGCACAUACCACACCCCCUGUAUCGUGACCCGAGGGGGAUGUAUAGCGACUCUCGGAAAUCCUUGUUUUAACAGUUUUGUGAACCGGUGAUUUCCAAAGCGAAAUUUCCACUCUGGCGAUAGACAACAUGGAUCUCAACAUGACCCCGGAAUUCUAGUGUACAAUGCACAGAAGGAUUUAAAUAUGAGCCGGUAAAUUUCCAUCACAUUCAUGACACGGGAGUUUUUUUUCUGUGGAAAAAUGAUCCAUAGUUUCUGGAUAUAGAUAGUAAUACUUAGUAUACAUGAAUAAUAUGCCGUGGUCUUUGAAAUUCAUAAUCUUUCUAAUAUUUCUAAAUCGAAUCUACCGAUCUACUGAUUUCCUUCUUGGUCGUGUCGGCAUAUGGUCACCUAUCCCACCCCUCAAAAAAUGUAAAUGUAAUUGGACAACAACAUGAUAUUCUAUCUCCGAAGUCGGUAAUUACCACCUCCCCCAGGGAUCUCCCUCCCCUCCCCUCCGUCCUUAAUGCCUUUUGUAUACUACUGUAUACUUAUACAGUUGUCAGGUUUUUUCUGUGCCUUAAUAAAGUCGUCCGUGUUUCCUAUGAUCCCAAUACCAGACGUUAGACAUUUUUGACAGACAUUAGGUUUAGUGUAGUAGGGUAGCACUGUGGUAAUACUCUCGCCUUUCAACUUGGCGGCGAGGGUUCGAUUCCCCGACAUGAAAAGGUAUGGGGGUCAUCUAUCCGACCACGUGGGUCUUCGCGGGGUACUCUGGGUAAAUUGCAAUAGCUUUUUUCGCAGCUAGUUGUUGUAAAAUAACUAAAGGGUUCAUAUUUAGUGUGGGAAUUGUCUGGUGUUGGGGUCAGGGGAACGUGGGGCAAGCCAACCUUCAAUCUAAGGGAAGAUAUCAUUAUUUAUUUGAGAUAAUAUGUCAAUUAUUUCACCGAGAAAAAUAUCGUUAUGGCAUAGGCCUAUUAUUUCAUUCGUAAAGUUACGUCUUUUGCAUAUUGUAUAUUUCAUUUAAAGAUCUCGCUUUUAAAACGUAAUAUUUCUUUAAACGUAAUAAUCAAGAUACACG